CAGUUGCAAAAAGAAAUGUUGACUUAAAUGAGGAUGCUGUUACAGCAUACAUUGGGAAUACCAUGGUUACGCUGAAAGACAAGACAUUUAUCUUAGCACCAUACCAUCAAACGAAUCAUUGGUUACUACUCGUGCUUCAUGCAAGUUCAAGAAUCGUAUACGUAUUAGAUCCAUUGAAUCGUAUGCGCAAAAUUGAAGUCAAACAAGCCGUGAAUAUGGCUUUUCGAACCUCUGCAAUUCAACGAGGGCAAAGGAUUAUGGGUAAUGCUAAUUGGAAAUAUGUGAAGUGUCCUCAACAACCCGGUAGUGAUGAAUGUGGAUACUACGUUAUGAGGUUCAUAUAUGAUAUAUGCACAAAAUUUCAUAACUACACUUCGUUGGAUGAGGCAUAUCAAGACACAAAUGCUUAUUCUAAGGAUGAAAUAGAUGAGAUACGAAGGUUAUGGAUAGACUAUUUUGUAAAUGAGUGCAUAUAAAUGUUUAUUAGGUGCACUAGAUGGAAUUACAUUGUAUAUAUUAUGAUAUAUUAAUGUUGGAUUAUUAUUUUGC